AUGGCGCGAGGUCACUUGAUCAUUUUGGCUGUCUGGCUUUCGGUGGGUGACAUCGGAGUCACGGCAACAGAGGAGGCACCAGUGGCGACGGUGACAUGUGGAAGCCUCCGAGGCACUGUCCAUGCCGCGUCGGAGUCUGCGGCUUUUCUUGGUAUUCCUUAUGCGUUGCCCCCCAUCGGAGUUCGGAGGUGGCAGCCUCCAGUUGGCAUCGGCACCUCUCCCGGAAGACACUCCAACUGCUGGAAGGGCCAGUUAGACGCUAGCAAGCCUGGGCCUGCGUGCUUGCAAGGAAGCCACUUCAGCCACGGAGUGCAGAGCUCUGAAGACUGCUUGCGUCUUCAUGUCCACACCAAGAACUUAGAGGUGAUUUCAAACAUGUCAGACCCUAACCCCACCAGUGCGAAAGACAGUUGGAAGCUGAAGCCUGUACUUGUUUGGCUCCAUGGCGGCGGACUCUUGGAGGGCUCUCCCUUUUCGCUACAGUCUGGCUACGGAGCUCAGGCCAACUUGACCUCGGAGAACGACGUCGUUGUCGUCUCAGUGCAAUACCGUUUGGGAGUAGCUGGCUUCCUGUCUUUGGCAUCGCUCUCCCACCACCACGACGUGCGUGGCACCUCUGGGAAUUAUGGCCUCCUGGACUGCUUGGAGGCGCUCCGUUGGAUCCAAGGCAACAUCCAAGCCUUUGGAGGCGAUCCGAAGCGGGUUACAGUUUGGGGGCAGAGCUCUGGAGGAUCCCUGGUGCUGGCACUGCUAGCGUCCCCGGCAGCGAGAGGUCUUUUCCACGGUGGUGUGAGCAUGAGUGGAUCGCCAAAGCUAAACAGUACGACAGUGGAAGCAGCCAAGUAUUGGCACAGAGAGGUUGUGGAGCGAAGUCGCUGUGCCGAGAUAGGCUUUCGGCACGAAACGGAGAAAGAGUUGUUGGACUGCUUGCUACGCCUGUCUGCGGCGGAGCUGUUGCGAGCCCAGCCCGACAAUUGGCAUGCCGACGUUUGGUCGCUUGAGAUUUUCAGUCCUACCUGGCAGUAUGCGCCCCUGUUGCUAGUUGAUGGUGAGGGCGGUGUCUUGCCACAGGGUUAUCUCCAAGCCUUCCAAGACUCUAAGCGCGGAGCUGUACCCGCAAUUCUCGGGGUCACUCGCGAGGAAAGCGAUUUUGCCCCCGGCCAAGAUGUUCGGCACCUCACUCGGAGCCAGCUGAUGCAAGUCCUGGCAGGGUACGCUGGCAGGUCUCAGGAGCCCGCGUUCGUGGAAGAGCUCGGGAGACUUUACGGUCUCACUGGAAACAACUCCAGCGACUGGGAACCACAGCGGAAAUACGCUGAAAUCCUCAGUGACAUGACUACCGUAUGUCCGAAUUUCUAUCUUGCAGGGGUCAUGGAUGCACAUCGAUCCCGACACGGAGCGUCUGUAUUCUCAUAUGUUGCAUCCAGACAUCUCAGCAAACCCUUCUGCGUCAUUGCAAACUUUACCAAGAUGAAGCCGCUGUAUUGCCCUCGUUUUGCUUUCCAUGCGAUGGAUGAGUUUGCCAUGUUGCAGCCUCAUUUCUUGUACAAUUUCACCGCAGAAGACAGAGCAUGGGGGCAACGGCUAAGAGCCAGGAUGCUCGAGUUCGCUGCGACCGGCAACGUCCAAGCCUGGCAGCGAUUCUCUACUUCCACGAGAGGCCAAGCUGAGGGGCAUGUCAGCAAGUCCCGCGAACUGCUGUUUGACUACAACGUGAUCGACCUCGGGGCGGCGGAUAAGAACACACAGCGUUACCAUGUCGCGCGAUGCAACUUCUGGCUGCGCUCUGGGUUUUAUGACAGCCGCGGUCUCGUUAAUAUGGCAGCGACAGACCUCGUCAUUUCUGUUUAA